CAGAACACACUGGAACCUCCCCGGCCGCUGGCUCCGCCCACCCAACGGUCUCGUGACCCCGGGUCCUUCGCUCGCUCAUUUCUACCCCCGCCGCCUGUGCUCCUGCGCACUGACUAGAACCUUCUAGAAGUGUGGCUGUCCGUGCUGUUGCCUGCUUCCCAUGCACGUGCCAGUUCACUGGCUGGGUGAACCCCUACACGGGCGCUUUCAACGUGGCGGGAGAUAUCAGCCUCUCCAAGGAACCAUUUAGAACUGGGCAUACUGUGAGUAUGCGCAUCAAGUGGAGCAUGACGCCAUGACGCAAUUAGGGUCGUCCGGCCGAAGCGGCGGUUACAACGCUGGGCGUGACGUCAACAUUCUGCGCUGCCGCGGGAGGAAAGGCCAGGGGGCGGUGCCGCCCGGAAGGGGCGGAGCGGGUGCCGGGUUUCCUGGCGACGCAGUCGUUUUCCUCUUUUCCUUCCUGACGCGUGCGCGAGGCCGUCAUGCCUUGGCUGUUCUCAGUCCCCAAAGCGGUUCCCGCCGUAGCAAGUGCCCGCGGCCUCUCAGGUUAGACUCUCUUCCCGCGGUGUCCGCUCUGAGGCUUGCUCUCUAAAGAGCCUGAGGCGCCCUCGAAGGAUCCAAGUCGGUCUCAGGCGAACCGUGGUUCAGCGGACCCUUCUACUGGGGCCUCCGCUCCAAAAUCCUCUGUGCGCUCCGUGGAUUUCUUUUUGUUGUUGUUCCCGGAAAAGGGUGGGCUCUGUGUUCCUUCUACUGUUGAGGUAUUAUGGGAAGCUGAAACGACUGCAGCGAGAAAAGCAUGUGCCAUUCCCCAGAGGGAUGUCAUGAAAGUUACUCGGACUUAGGAAAGUUGUGUCAAUUAUCACACUUGACUAGGUGACAGAGUUUCUGACAUCAGGUAGCUUUUUUGGCUGUUGAGUCGAUCUAGAAUCCAGUUUUCUUGUUUCCAAGGAGUUGAUUUGAGAGCUAGCUCCAGAAUAUACAAUAAACAUGGUUAAUUCUUUGAGCGGUGUCUCUUAGAAGAGGUACCGUUUGAAAAUACUCGCGGGCUUUUUAUUUCUGGAAGCCUGAUUUGUAAAAGCAAGAUGAAGGAGCCCAGAAAUAAGGGGAACCCUUUUUUUUUUUUUAAGGGAGUUUUUUACUCUAUCGCGAGCAAUUAAACUGAUGAACAUAGAGCUUGAUCAGUGAAAACGGAAUUAUCAGCCUUGCAGGCGAAUCUGCAGUUGCAUCAUAUUUCAGUUUGGGGGGUCGAUUUGUGAACAGUGUGAACCAAGACAUACUGAAUUUGAAAUCACAAUUAUGCCUAGACAUAUAUAUCUUAAGCUGACAUACUUGAAUUCAUUGAGAAUGGAAUAUUAUGUAAAGACUUAAUGCUUUUACUAUGAAAAAUGAAAAAUAAUGGUUCAAUGCACAGAACCUGCUCUUCAGUUCUAGUAAUAAAGCUGCAGAAAGCUGUCCCUCUCGAUGGGAGUAGGUGAAAAGACUGAUGUGCAAUCGAUCCAUCUUCACAAAGGCCACAGUCACCAUCUUUUUCUUGUGACUUUUUUUGGAUUUGUUGAGGCUUCGUGGAACACCGUGAUAAUCAAGGUUUAGGAUUAGAUUUUGGAUUACACAUUCCAAGACCUUUGAAAACUAUUUGUUACGCCUCAAUAAGAAAAUUUAACAACCUGUUAACAUUUUAAGAUAGCUGUUGAUUUUUGAACUGUAUGAAUGCUGUCCUUGGAUCUUCCCAAGUCUGGUAAGUUAGGGCAGAUAUCUCCAUCUUACCUAUGAGGAGCUGAAACGAACAGAGGAUCUCAAAGUAGCAAAUUGAGGAUAUUAGUUAUGUGAUUGCAGCCUAGUCUUUUCUCUGCUAUACCACCACUAGGUCUUACCCUGGCUUCGUUGGAGUCCUUUUGGAGCUUCUCAUUGAGUAAGCCAGAGUGUAGUUUCAUUCAGCAGCUUCUGAGGUAGUAACUGUGGAUGAAUCUCCCCUUCCCUAGAAUGGCUCACAGUCUAAUCAGAGAGACAGACAAACCACCACCACCACCAUCUGCUGCCAGCAAGUUGAUUCAGACUCAUAGCAACCCCAUAGGGUUUCCAAGGCUGUAAAUCUCUGUAGAAGCAGACUGCCACAUCUUUCUCCUGUGGAGCUGCUGGUGGUUUCGAACCACUGACCUUUUGGUUAGCAGUUGAUCACUUUAACCAGUGCACCAACAGGGCUCCUUUAAUCAGAGAGAGAGACGAGAAACACAUAAAUGACAGUAUAGCAGAGUGCUUUAAUAGUCUUGACCCACGUGACAUGGGAGGUCAGGAAAGGUAGUGACAGGUUGUAAAUAUUGUGUUAUUCUGGGGUUAUGUUAAGUUUUAGAAUUUGAAAACUCCGCUGACCUGAGGUAUUCAAAUAGAAAUGUGGUGCUCUUGGUUGCCCUUCUAGAAAAGCUCUGGGAACGGCGUAUCGAAUACCAUCGGAAACUUUCUCAUCUGUGAAAGUUGUGCAUUCCAGAAAUGAAAAUGUUUUGACUAGGUAAAGAUUAACCUAGCAAGAGUGAGCUUUCAUUAGUCGGAUUAUGCUGCUGUUAACACCAUCUAGUCAUCUGAGAACAAGCAAAGUUAAUAAAUAACUUAAGUUGCAUUUUAAAGGAUUAAGUCAUGUAAGAUAAAUAUAAGGCUGAGAUGGGGAAAGGGAUUACUGAAUAUAAUAUUAAAGCAUAACAAGUAGAGAACAAUUUUUUAAAAGCCUGUGUGUAGGUAAUAGCUAAUGCAUUCAAUAAAUAUUAAGUGAGCACCAGAUACAAGCACUGAGCAUUGAGUUUCCACCCUCGGGAGACAGACAAGUAGGUAAAUAAUUGUGAUAUGAUAUACUAUAUCCAUGGAAACCCUGGUGGCAUAGUGGUUUAGAGAUACUGAUGCUAGCCAAAAGGUCGGCAGUUUGAAUCCAUCAGGCACUCCUUGGAAAGUGUAUGGGGCAGUUCUACACUGUCCUAGAGGGUCACUAUGAAUCAGAAUCAACUCCAUGGCAGUGGUUUUGGUCUGAGUUUUUAAUACUGUAUCUAGUGGGUCACCAUGAGUCAACUCAACAGUAACUAGCAGCAACUACAAAUCCAGUAAUAGAGGUUGAAUUGUGUGGCAAAGGAUGAAGUGGUGGAUAUUUCCUGGGAGUAGGGAGGGGCAGCGCUAUGAGUCAGAAUCGACUCACGGCGGUGGGUUUGGUUUUUUUGGUUUUUGGGGAGGCGCAGAGAGGAAAUGUGGCAUACUUUUCAAGAUUGAUCUAGGGACUUGAAAGAAGCCUUUUAUCAAGCAGACAAGAGGAAAGAAGCCAGCCAGGCAGAGGGAAGAUAAGCAAAGGCACAGAACUCUGAAGCAGAAUGCCUGGUACUAGGCACUGCAGUCCUUUCUUAGGGCUAGAGGAGUAUUUUGACAAAUAUGUUACCAGGCAUAUUAAUAGGUGUUAAACCAAAAAGAUCUGUGGUAUGGGGAAUGCGGCAUUUCAUAGUGUCCACAUUACAUUAAUUCUAAGUCUCUCGGGAGGGCCUUUGCGAUACGUGUUUGCCUGUGAGCCCGUUCUAUGUGGUGAGUCUUGAACUGGUAUCACUUGGAGAACGCUGGGCUCGAGGACGAGAUGUGUAGAAAGAGAUGAUAGAAAAUCAAGAUGGGGAGAAAGCUGGCGGCUGACUCAUGGAGGGCCUUGUAUGUUAGGUUAGGUUAAGAAGGAGUGGGCUUUUUCCCUCUGGGCAGUGGGAAACCACUGAAGAAUUUUAAGCUAUUGAGUAAGAUAAUGAAAUAUGAAUGUUAGUUAUCUCUGUUAAGAGCGGAGAAGUAGACUGGAGGGCAUGUCAUUGCGUUCUUAAAUUUUCAGACACUGAUUUUUAUUUUUGGAAAAGUGCAUUUUAUUUUCAAUUUUGAAUAAUACCACAUACAUAAACAUACAUGGGGACAGAUAAAUUCAAAUAAAUAUUACGUUACGUAAGUAGCAUGUAAAAUACCCUUAUUUAUUUAUGUUGGUUUUAUUUUCCAAAAGUAAGCUUUAAAUGCUAAUUCUCCCCAGCCCCUCUUACAAGAUAAAUGACCUUUUCUCCACAACGACCAAAGAAUUACGAUAAAACCCAAACCCCGUCUUUACGAUAGCAAUCCUUUAAAAGUACUAGACGUUAUAGCUUUAUCUCGCUUCCAAAUCUGUCACGUUGCCAAAGGUGAUUGGGGUUUAGCGCUGCUAGACUAGUCACCUGCAUCGUUCAGUAACAUUAAAAUUUACAGUAAUUACAUUUAUGAGAAACAAAAGAUUAGGAGAAUAAGACCAAUAGGUCUUUUUGCUAAAAAGGAAGACUUCAGUGACAGGGAACGUGCAGGGUGUAAGUCAUCCCAGGAAACUUUUCAGUGCUUAAAAAAUUCAGUCACCUGAAAUGUAGCAAGUCCAAAACUUAACACCUGCAGUUCUCUCAGGUAAUGGCAACUCCAUUCUUCCCAGUUGCUAAGAUCCAAAACCUUGCCAUUGUUGACUCUUCUGUUUUUAUCAUACGCAACAACCAGCCUGUCAGCAAACCCUGUUAGUCCUUCCUUUAAAAUGCAGUCUGAAUUUGGGCUGGUUACCAUCCCCACUGCCACUACCCUGGGUUGUGCCGAUAGCCAGAUCUCCCAGCUUGAAGAUGAAUACCAUAGGAAAUGUAUGUUUUGACUAGCUAAAGAUUAACCUAGGAAGAGUGAGAUUUUAUUAGUCAGAUGAUCCAGCUGUUACCACCAUCUAGUCAUCUGAGAAGAAGCAAAAUUAAUGUGUAACUUAAGUUGUGUUUUAAAAGAUUAAGUCAUGUAAGGUAAAUAUAAGUCAGAUGGGGAAUUGACCACUGCAAAUAUUAAAGAAAGUUUAGUAAGUAGAGAAUAAUUUUUUAAAGCCUGUGUGUAGGUAAUAGCAAAUUCAUUCAAUAACUAUUAAUGAGUAUUUUCCGCAAGAUCAGCCAGAGUGGUCCUGUUUAAAUAAGAGUCAAAUUAUGUCACUUCUUCACUCAAACCCUCCACUGGCUUCCUAUCCCACUUAAAACAGAAGUCAAAGUUCAUAUUGUGAUCUGGCUGUCCCCGCGUAAGCUGACCUUUCUGACAUCAUCUGUUCGUUCUCUUAAUCUGCCGCCCUGGUCUCCUCAGUGUUCCUCAAACACCGUGUACAGCUAGCCUUAGGGACGCCGCACUUGUUAUUCCCUCUGCUUGGAAUUCUUUUCCACCAGAUAUCCACUACCUCACUUUAUUUACAUCUUUACUCAAACGCAAUCAUCACUUUCCCUGGCUACCUUAGGUAAAAUUUCAACCCUCCCACCCCAAAACUUCAUAUCCCCUUCACUCGCUUUAUUUUUCUAUUUAGCACUUAAGAGUAACAGACUGAAUUUUACUUAAUAUUUAUGGUUGUUGUUCCUGGUUUCUAAGCUCUGGGAGGGCUAAAUUUUUGCUGACCUGUCCAUUACUGUAGCCAAGCACCGGGAACACUGCUUGGCAAAUAGUAGGUGCUCUAAAAAUAUUUGUUGAUUGAGUGAAAGAUACUACUUUAAAAAUAAAUGGCUUUGAAGCAAUAUAUCUUGAAAUGAAAUAAUUUACAGGAAGCUGAGAAGUAAUCGUGUUGAAAUCAAAGUAAUUUGAUUUAAAAGAACAAAUUAUGUAAACAUGUAGCACAAACCACUUGCUCGAUAUCUGAUUUAUAUGUAACUAAUCUGUUUUUCUCCCAACAUGCUCCUGAAUUAGAAUGGCUAAAGGUGAUAUUAUAGAGUGAUGUAUUUGUAGAUCCCGUGUACAUAGUCCAAACAAAAGAGGAGGCAAGUUUCCACUCCGGAGUGAUGUACUCAUAGCCAGCCACACAUGAUAUAGCCAGAGUUCUCUGAGAAAUCCAGGUUAAGUCUGGCUAUUUUUAAUGUAAAUACUUCAUAUUUCAAUUUUUAUAGUGUCUUUUAAGUUAUAUGUCAAAUGCUCCUGCCUCUACUGGAAAAAAAAUCGUUCUACAAAUACCUAUAUAGUCUGACCCUGUGUGCAUUUUUAGCAAGGUGGUUAAAGCACUCAGCAGCUAACCAAAAGGUUGGUGGUUCAAACCCGUCAGCUGCUCCAUGGGAGAAAGAUGUGGCAGUCUGCUUCCACUACAAGAUUUACAGCCUUGGAAACUCUAUGGGGCAGUUCUGCUCUGCCCUGUAGGGUUGAUAUGACUCAACGUCAAUGGGUUUGGUUUUUGUUUUGGUUUUUGGUCAAUAAUUUAAAUAUUUUAUAAAUUUGUAAAAUGGUUUAAUUAGUUAAAAGGAGUAACAAAACCAAACCCACUGCAAUCAACUCAGUUCCAACUCAUAGCAACCCCAUACGGUUUCCAAGGCUAUAAAUCUUUACCGCAGCAGACUGCCCAUCUUUCUCCCACGGAGCCACAGGUGGUUUCGAACCACAGACCUUUAGGUUAGCGGUAAAACGCUUUAGCCGCUGCACCACCAGGGCUCCUUAAAAGGAAUAAAGUAGAUCCAAAACUCUACAAAAGAAAAUUUCUAUUAUAUUCAAAUAUUUAGCUCAAAACUUAGAAAAAAAUCUUUGCUGUUUUCUAAAUUCGUAACGUCACCAACUGUCACCACAGACUCAUCUUUGUCUGACAUACCUAGUCCAAAGAACUACUGUCCAAAUGUCCACAGUCCUGCUAGCAAUAUUAAAAAUACAAAAUAUAACAUUAAAUGUUACCUACAAAACUGAUUAACCAAAACACACAGAGUCGUGUUCAAAUGUUAUAUGAACAUAAUGUGUCUGAAGAAUCAGUUUAGCUUUUCCUUUUGGUUGACUUCUUCUUCUUCACCUCUUUAUGCUUCUUUUUUUUUCUCUUACCACCUUCUUUGAAUCCUGCUGAGAAAAUGCAGGGAUCCCAGCUGCCGUUGACCCAAGGUGUACCUUGCUCAUCAUUGUCCACAAAAGUACACUGAGGUACAUGUUUGGGACUGUAGGAAUUUGGUGAAUAGUUGCUGAAUGACUGUCUUCUCCAGCUGCAUUCUUCUACAAAGCCCUCGUCAUCAGCCAUACCAUACAUGAGGAAGGACUUCAGCUCACCCUCAUCUUCAGCUUCUUCUCUUUCUUGAUCAUUCUCAAUUAUUCUCUUCAUAUUUAUGUUUCCACUGUUAACUGCUUUACCUGAAGUUGUAACAGAUAUGUAGUUGCUCAUCCCACUAUCCUCAAAUGCCAUGGAAGAGAAUGAACUAAGGCCCUCGUGCCCCAGUGAACCAUAUGAUGUAUUUCCUCUAUCAUAUGAAGAAAAUCUUCUCUCAAAAGCCGGAUAUUCACUGAAGGUAGAGGGAAAGGAUUCUGUACCUUUGCUGCUUCUGCUUCCAUAGGGGCAUCUUGGACUAAUUAAAAGGUCCUCAAGCGAGUCUUCAAAGAAGUCAAACAAAAAUGGGUCCCUUUGGCCAAAAAAUUCAUUAAAGACAUCGUCUGGCUUACGGAAUCUGAAGCCGUUCUCACAAGGAUCAUCAAAAUGACUUCCACUUCCAUUAUGUAAUCCUUCUUUGCCAUAUUUAUCAUAUAUGUCUCGUUUUUCAUCAUUUGAUAACACCUCGUAUGCCUCAGCUACUUCUUUAAAUCUUCUCUCUGCUUCUUCUUUAUUUUCCGGAUUUUUAUCAGGGUGCCAUUUAAGAGCCACUUUGUGAUAAGCCUUUUUAAUGUCCUCAGGUGAAGCAUAUCUCUGUACUCCUAGAAUUUCAUAGUAAUCCGCCAUGCUUUAACAGGUUAUUGGGAAGCGGUGCUCUGGGUAGUGAGAACUGUGGUUCCUCUCAGCUCAGGCUCUGCUGGUGGCGGUGGUAGAGGCAGUGACUGCAAGUAGUCACUCUUCACUAAAGAUAAGGUCGUUACCAUGGGCCACUGCCAGGAGACAUUAGGGUACUGAUUAUGUGGCAGGCAGGGUUACAUGCUUAAGUCAGUGGGGCUGCAUUAUGGUGUCAUUCUGGGGUUAAGGUAAGGACUCAGCCUUCCAAGUGGAGCCAGUCCAGAGUUAUACCAAAUCACCCUGAACCCCUUGGGCUAUUUCUUCUAUAUUUCCCUGGAAGUCUCAGACAGUGCCUCAUAAGACAGUGGGACCUGAUGACGAUGGCCACCGCAUGUCCCUCGCAUCAUAUGACCUCUAGGUUACUGUGCCUUGGUAACUUCCAUGUUUUGGCUUGGAAAAAUGUGAAGAAUUGGUGAACUAGGUGAAAAAAGUAUUCAAGUAAUUGGCUUUGUUUAUUUCACUCAAGAGACAUAGUUCAGUAGGAGAUACAAGUAAGGCAGUUACAGUAUUCGGGAUAUAAAGGAGGAAGCACUAGGUGCAAAGCAAUCAUAUAAGAGCCACCUAUGUCAGAUGGGAUAUCAGGGAAAGCUUCUUGGAGGAAGUAGCCUAAUAGGCAAGCUUCCUGCGUGCCAGUGGUAUGUCAUUUGGAAUGAUGGCAUCUUUCCACACCUAAAGGUUAAUACUGUAAUUAAAAAAAUUCUUAAAACUCAGCAAAUUUCACUUCUCUUUAGUACAUGUGCUUGUAUGUAUGUGUGAUAUCCACUUGAUUAUAUUUGUCUGCUAUGAAAAUAGUAACAGUACUAACACUAAUACUGGGACAUUAUUCAAGGAUCCUCUUGGGGGAGACACCGUACUAAGCGAUUUACUACAGUUUAUCAUUUAAUUGUCACAGCAAUCCAGCAAAAUACAGAAUUUAUGCCCGUAAGAAAACUGAGGUUCUGAGAAAGGUAAUUUGCCCAAGGUCUCAUACCUUAUUAGUGAGAAAUCUGGUAUUUAGACUUGAGUCUAAUUCUCUUCAUGUUCUUCCCACUCUACCAAAUUUCUUGGACUAGGACUUAAGAGUCCUAGGUUCUAGACAGCCCAGAAACAUGUAUUGAGAACCCGUGACACAGAGAGGAGCUAGAAAGUAGGAAAUUCUGCUCUCAAAGAACUCAUAUAAUUGGAAAAAGCACUUUGGAAAAAAACGAUUUCAGUAGAGUAUAAAAGUGUAACACAAGGACUGGCUUCUGGGAUUAUUUUGCCUUCCUUAACCCCUCGCCACUUUCAGCUGCUGAGCCAUUUUCUCUUCUUUCACAACAAAACUUCUCGUAAGUGUUUACUCAUUUCUUUGCUUCCUUAUAUCCUUUCUCCCUUCCCCACACUCCCAUCUGGUUUCUAUCUUCUAUAAUAAAGCUCCUUCUGUCAGGGUCUUGAACCCAUCCAGACCCGUUGCUAUUAAGUCAGUUCUAACUCACGGCGAGCCUGUGCAUUCCAGAGUAGAACUGUAGGCAAUAGGGUUUUCAAAUCUUAACCUUUUGGAAGCAGAUCUCCAGGCCUGUUCUGAGGUCUCUGGGUGGGUUCGAACUGCCAACCUUUUGGUUAGUAGUCCGGUGCUUAACUGUGUCACCCAGGGAAGGACUCCCAACAAGCCAAACCGGUUGCUGUUGAGUUAGAAUCAAAUCAUGGUGACUCCAUAUGUGUCGGGGUAGCGCUGUGCUCCAUAGGGUUUUCAGUGGUUGAUUUUUCAGAAGUAAAAUGCCAGGCCUUUCUUCCAAGGCACCACUGGGUAGACUCCAGCCUUUCAGGUGGCAGCCAAGUUCUUAAGCCGUUUGCACCACCUAGGAACUCCUUCAGGAUCUCCAUUGACUUCCAUAUUGCCAAAUCCAGUGGUGGUUCUUUUGACCUCCUCAUACUUAGUGGCACCUCACAGGGUCGGGCACUUCUUUAACUUCCCGAAUACCACAUUCUUCUAGUUUUCUUUCUUUCUCCUAUGCUGGCUUCUCCUUCUCACCCUAAAAUGUGUUGGUACCUGGACUUUACACAAUCUCUCUAGACAGUAUCCAGUUCCAGAUCUUUAAAUAUCAUCCAUGUGCUUAUGACACCUUAAUUUGUCUCUCUAUCCUGUCACUUUUUCCAGAACUUAAGACUGACUCUUUGACCUCUCCAUUGGAGUGGCCAAUAAGUACUCAGUUUUCCCCAUUUUAUUUAACGGUACCACCAUCCAUCUACUUUGUUUAGGCCCAAAACCUGGAAAUCAUCCUUAAUUCCUCAUUUUAUUCCCCACAUCCAAUUAAAGAGCUAGUCUCAUUGGCUUUAACUUGAAAAUAUAUUCCAAACCCAAAUAUUUGGAAAAUAGUCAAAUGACAAAUGAUCCCUGCCUUCCGAAAGUUCCUAGUAACCUGGCAAACUAAUUAGCAACUAUAUGCAGUAUCUCAACCCACCCAGUGCCGUUGAGUCGAUUCCGACUCAUAGCGACCCCAUAGGGCAGAGUAGAACUGCCCCAUAGAGUUUCCAAUGAGUGCCUAGCAGCCAUAGCACUUAACCACUACGCCACCAGGGUUUCCCCCAUAUGCAGUAUAGAAGGUACUAAAGUAGAAAUAAGCACAGGAGCACUGAGGAAGGGCAUCUGCAUCAGAAGCAGUAGGAGUGGGAAGGUAAGAGAAGGCCGCCUAGCUUAAGUGAUGUUUGAGCUGAUUUUCAAGAAGUUGGGUAGAUAACGAACCAGGCCAGGUCAUCGUAGACCAAGAGAACCGCGUUUUUGAGGGUGUGCUGUUAAUGUCCCAGAAUGAUUAAUUAACCCGGGUUUUUUCUUCAAGUAGUUUAGUGUGGCUGCAAUAACGUUUUUUGAGGAUUAGGCUAGAGGAGUAAGCAGGGGCCAGAUCAUGAGGGUGCUAAUAAUAAUCUAAAGAGUUUGAAGCUUAUUCUGAAAGGAAGUUUAAGCAUAUAGUGUUAGUGUAAGAGGCUGAAAAGAUCCUGGAAUUUGAACCUGAUUUGGGUGAUGAUAGCUAAUUCUGGAAAUAGUAUAUAGCAUGUAGAAAAUGAAGUGGAGAGACAAGACCCAAGAUGGGCAGAUUAUUGCAGUAUGUAGUCCAGGUGAAUUGAGGGCUUAAACUAAGGAAACAGCUUUGAGAGUCAGCUGGCUAUUUUAGAAGUUGUCGUAUGCCAUCGAGUCAAUUCUGACUCGUAGCGACCCUAUAAUACAGAGUAGAAUUGCCCCAUACAGUUUCCUAGGCUUUAAUCUUUACAGGGGAAACCUGGUGGCACAGUGAUUAAGAGCUCGGCUGCUAACCAAAAAUUGGCAGUUCGAAUACAACAACUCUUUGGAAACCCUAUGGGGAGUUCUACUUAGUCCUGAAGGGUUGCUAUGAGUUGGAAUCGACUCGUCAGCAAUGGGUCUUAGGUCAUCAUUACAGGAGCAUAUCGCCAGGUCUGGUGGUGUGACUAGUGGGUUCCAACCAUUGACCUUUCAGUUAGAAGCUAAGCACUUAACCGUUACACCACUCGGGCUCUUUUGUUUUACAAGUAGGACUUGACAUACUAGCUUUGCUAUUGACUAGCUGUAUGACCUUGAGCGAAAAAAAAAAAAAAUGUUGAAUGUAAAUAAAGAGCAAUCGAGACUUUUUAAUUUACUGAAAAUAAACAUUUCAGUUUACAUCUCAUGUUAAAGCGUUAUUUGUUCUGCAUUUGUGCUUGGGAGUGCUCCAAAUAGAAUGAUUGGCUGUGUUAAUAUUAUCUGAGAAUUGGUUAGCUUUUACAUUCAGUUAUUUUACCACUGAACUGGCAGUGUAGUUAGUGGUUAUGGGUUCUAGAAAUAUUGUUUGAAUCCUUGUUGAUCUUCAAGUUACUUGACCUUUCUGUGCAUCUUUUUUCUUAACUGUAAAAUGGGAAAUACUCUAACAGUAUCUUCCUCAAACAUAGAAUGCUGUUUGUUUAAAGAAGGCAUAGCAGGAAAUAUAUAGCUUUGCUUUCAUUUGGAUAAAGUAUUUUUGGAUAGAUACACAAAAAAGUGAGAACACUGACUGCCUUAAGGCAGGGGAGGGUGGGAACAGAGUAACUUGGGAGCAGGUGUGGGAGGAAGGCUUUCUCUCUAAACCCCUUUAGUAUCUUUUGAAUGUUGGUCCAUGUGAAUAUGUUACCAGUUCAAAAAUUAAUUAAAAAUAGAACUUACCUCACAGAGUUAGGAGGAUUAAAUAAAUUAACACAUGCAGAGUGCUUAGAAUACUUUCUGGAAUAUAACAAAAACUGAGUAAACGUUAGCUGCCAUCAUCAUGAUCAUCAGUAUUAACCAACUGUCAUUUAAAAGCCUGGAAUAUAGGGUGCAUCUACUGUUUGUUUUUAUAAGGAAAAAUAUAACCAUAUCCUAUAUUUUGUGAGUUUUGAUUAGGACAAGAGUUUUUUAAAAAGUAAAAAAAAUGUUGAAGUAGUUCUGUUAAAGUUCCGAUUUUAAUCCUUUUCUUCAUACCCCUUUAUCCCACUCACUCUACCAACACGUUCUUGUAUCAGAACAACCCACUAUCAUGUUUUUCCUGUGCCUUCCUUCUCUUCACUUUCAACACAAAUGUCAAGGGUCAAGUAACUAAAAAAAUUAAGUAGGCCAAAGCCUGCUAUGUUUGGGGGAAGGUCAUUUCUAUGAGUGUCUGCAAGUAGGAAUGUAGGGAAUCUGGUGUUUGGGUGGGUAGGGAGAGGUUUGUCCUGCCAAAGGAGAUUAUUAUCUUCUUUUUUUAAGUUUUGACCCCAUCUCACUAAACCAGUGUUUCUCAAACAAUUUGAUGUCAGGAUCCCUUUAUAUUCUCAAAAUUUUUUGAGAACCCCCACUUCUUUCCCUAUACCUCUAGCUAGAGUGGGUCUCAGUACAGAGACGUAGACUUUCAGUGCAGUGUCUUUCACACUGCAGGCUGUAAUCUUAGUAGGUCAUUGUAUUGGUUUCCCAAGGCUCUGUAACAAAUUACCACAAACUUGGUGGCUUAAAACAACAGAAAUAUAUUCUCAUAGCUCUAGAGGCCAGAAGUCUGAAAUCAACGUGUCAGCAGGGCUUCUUCUGAAGAUGCUGAAGGAGAAUCCAUUCUUGGUUUCUUUCAGCUUUUGGUGGCUGUAAGUAUUCCUUGGCUUAUGACUAUAUCACUCCAAGGUCUGCUUGCCUUCCUGUUGCCUCCUCCUCUUCUGUCUGCCUCAAUUCUCCUUCUGCCUAUCUCUUACAAGGAUACUCAUUGGAUUUAGGACCUACCUUGAUAAUCGAGGAGCCCUGGUGGCACAGUGGCAAAGUGCUCAGCUCCUAACCAAAAGGUCAGCAGUUCAAAUCCAAGAAAUUUGGAAAACAGCUACCUUGCCAACCAAACAGAUCCGUAUUUGUGCCCAUUCCAAAGAAAGGUGAUCCAACAAAAUACAGAAAUUAUCAAACAAUGUCAUUAAUAUCACACACAAGUAAAAUUUUGCUAAAGAUCAUUCAAAAUCAGUUGUAGCAGGGAACUGCCAGAAAUUCAAGCCAGGUUCAGAAGAGGAUGUGCAACAAGGGAUCUCGCUGCUGAUGUCAAAUGGAUCCUGGCUGAAAGCAGAGAAUACUUGAAAGAUGUUUACCUGUUUUAUUGACUACGCAAAGGCAUUGAACUGGGAAUCGUAACAAAUUAUGGGUAACAGUGCGAAGAAUGCGAAUUCCAGAACACUUUAUCGUGCUCACGAGGAACCUGUACAUAGACCAACAGAUAGUCAUUUGACUAGAACAAGGGGAUACUGCAUAAUUUGAAGUCAAGAAAGAUGUGUCAGGCUUGUAUCUUUUCACCAUACUGAGUCAACCUGUAUGCUGAGCAAAUAAUCUGAGAAGCCAGACUAUAUGAAGAAGAAUGUGGCAUCCAGAUUGGAGGAAGACUCAUUCACAAUCUGCAUUAUACAGAUGACACAACCUUGCUUGUUGAAAGAAAAGAGGACUUGGAGCACUUACUGAUGAAGAUCAAAGACUACAGCCUUCAGCAUGGAGUACACCUCAACGUAAAGGAAAGAAAAAUCCUCACAACUGGACCAAUGAGCAACAGCAUGAUAAACGGAGAAAAGAUUGAAGUUGUCGAGGAUUUCAUUUUACUUGGAUCCACAAUCAACACCCAUGGAAGUAGCAGUCAAGAAAUCAAAAGAUGCAUUGCAUUGGGUAAACCUGCUGCAAAGGGACCACUUUAAAGUGUUCAAAAGCAAAGAUGUCCCUUUGAAGACUAAAGUGUGCCUGACCCAAGCCAUAGUAUUUUCAUUCGCCUCAUAUGCUUGUGAAAGCUGGACAACGAAGAAGAAAGACUGAAGAAUUGAUCCUUUCAUUAUAGUGUUGGUAAAGAGUAUUGAAUAUACCAUGGACUACCCGAAGAAUGAACAGAUCUGUCUUGGAAGUACAGCCAGAAUGCUCCUUACAAAUGAGGAUGGCAAGACUUUGUCUCAUGUACUUUCACAUGUUAUCAGGGAGAUCAGUCCCUGAAGAAAGACAUCAUGCUUGAUAAAGUAGAGGGUCAUUGAAAAAGAGGAAGACCCUCAAAGAGAUGGAUUGACACAGUGGCUACAACAGUGGGCUCAAACAUAGCAAUGAUUGGGAGGAUGGCGCAGGACUGGGCAGUGUUUCCUUCUGUUGUACACAGGGUUGCUGUGAGUCAGAACCGACUGGACAGCACCUAACAACAACUUGACACGCUUGUGGUUGACGUUAGGUGUUGUCAAGUCGAUUCCAACUCGUGACCCAUGUGACAGAGUAAAACUGCCCCAUAGGGUUUUCUUGGCUGUGAUAUUAAUGGAAGUAGAGCAGUAGGUCUUUCUCUCACAGAGCCACUAGUUGGGUUCAAACCACCAACCUUUAGUUUAGCAGCUGAGCGCUUAACUGUUUGUGCUCAGAGGACUCCUUACAUCAUUAUUUAAAAAUUAUAACCAACACUGCUAUUACACUUAAAAAAAAUUAACAUCGCUUCCAUAAUGCCAUCAAAUUUGCAAUAACUUUUCAAAUUCCAGUUAUCUCAUAAGUGUAAUAAAUAUUGCAGCUGAGUAUUUGUUUUACCGUUUGUUGCUUGGAUUAGGACCCAGAUCGGAUCUACACAUUAUAAUCACUUGAUGUCUUUUGAUGUUCUUUUAAUUUAUAGGUUCUCCUUCCAUCUCUUGGAACCUUGGUGGCACAGUGGUUAAGAGCUUGGCUGCGAACCAAAAUGUCAACAGUUCAAAUCCCCCCCCACUCCUUGGAAACCCUAUGGGGCAGUUCGACUCUGUCCUAUAGGGUCGCUAUGAGCUGGAGUCGACUUGAUGGCAGUGGGUUUGGUUUCUUUGGCUUUCCAUCUCUUACUACCUGUUGCAAUUUAUGUAUCAAAGAAACUAUUCUGUUUGUCCUGUAAUAUUUCCCACAGUUUGAACUCCGUUGAUUGCAUUUUCCUGGUGUCAUUUAACAAGUUCCUUUAUCCUCUGUAUUUCUCUAAAUUGCUUUCCUCAUCUUUGCUAACCUUUUAAUGACUAUUUAAAAAUUUAAAAAAUUACCAGUUGCCAUGGAGUUGACCCUGUCAUGGCAACUCCAUUUGUGUCAGUGUAGAACUGUGCUCUACAAGGUUUUCAAUGGGUGAUUUUUUGAAAAUAACUCACCAGGCCUUUCUUCUGAGGUCCCUCAAGGUGGACUCUAGCCUUUUGGUUAGCAGCCGAGCGCAUUAACUGUUUGCGCUACCCAGGGACUCCUCAAUGGGUAUAUUUUUGUUUGUGCCGUUGAGUUGAUUCCAGCUGCUGGCAACCCUGUAUGACAGAGUGGAACUGCCCCAUAGGGUUUCCUAGGCUGUAAUCUUGAGGGGAGCUGACCGCUAGGUCUUUUCUUCUGUGAAGCAGCGCCAUAUGCUAAUUGAAACACCAUGGCUUGGGUCAGGCACACCUUAGUCCUCAAGGUACCACCUUUGCUUUUCAUCACUUUAAAGAGGUCUUUUGCAGCCGAUUUGCCCAAUGCAACGCGUCUUUUGAUUUCUUGACUGCUGUUUCCAUGGCUGUUGAUUGUGAAUCCAAGUAAAAGGAAAUCCUUGACAACCUCAAUCUUUUCUCUGUUUAUCAUGAUGUUGCUUGCUGGUCCAGUUGUGUGGAUUUUUGUUUUCUUUUUGUUGAGGUAUAAUCCGUAAUGAAGGCUGUGGUCUUUGAUCUUCAUCAGUAAGUACUUCAAGUCCUCUUCACUUUCAGCAAGCAAGGUUGUGCCAUCUGUAUAACGCAGAUUGUUAAUGAGUCUUCUUCCAAUUCUGAUGUCAUGGUCUUCUUCAUAUGGUCUGGGUUCUUGGAUUAUUUGCUCAGCAUACAGAUCGAGUAAGUGUAGUGAAAGAAUACAAUCCUGACGCACAACUUUCCUGAUUUUAAAUCACACGGUAUCCCCUUGUUCUGUUUGAGUAACUGCUUCUUGGGUCUAUGUACAGGUUCUUCAUGAGCACAGUGAAGUGUUCUGGAAUUCCCAUUCUUCCCAAUGUUACCCAUAAUUUGUUAGGAGCCACAUGGUCAAAUACCUUUACAUCUCAAUAAAACAACAGGUAAACAUCUUUCUGGUAUUCUGUGCCUUCAGCCAAGAUCCAUCUGACAUCAGCAAUGAUAUCCCUAGUUUCACGUCCUCUUCUGAAUCCAGCUUGAAUUUCUGGCAGUUGUAGUCGAUGUACUGUUGUAGCCAUUUUUGAAUGACCUUUAGCAAAAUUUUAACUUGCCUGUGAUAUUAAUGAUGUUGGUUGAUAAUUUCCACAUUCUGUUGGAUCACCUUUCUUUGAAAUGGGCACAAAUACAGAUCUUUUCCAGUCGGUUGGCCAGGUAGCUGUCUUCCAAAUUCUUGGCAUAAACAAGUGAGCGCUUCCAGAAUUGCAUCAAAGGACAGCUCAAGAAGACAAAGUAAAGUGUUAUAAUGACAUGUGGAAAGACCUGGAGUUAGGAAACCAAAACAGAAGAACAUGCUCAGCAUUUCUCAGGCUGAAAGAACUGAAGAAAAAGUUCAAGCCUCAAGAUGUGACAUUGAAGGAUUCUUUGAAAAAAAUGUUGAACAACACAGGAAGCAUCCAAAGAAGACGGAAGGAAUACACAGUCACUGUACCAGAAAGAAUUGCUCCAGUGACAGUGUUUCAGGAGGUAGCAUGUGAUCAAGGACCAAUGGUACGGAAGGAAGGAAGUCCAGGCUGCACUGGAAGCAUUGGUAAAACACAAGGCCCAGGAAUUGAAAGAAUACGUUUUUGGCUUAUAGUUGGGUGUUUAACUGUUUGUACCACUCAGGCACCCCUCAUUCAUACUGCAAAAAACCAAAAAAAAAAAACCUGUUGCCAUUGAGUUGAUUCAGACUCAUAGCAGCCCCAUAGGACUGAAUAGAACUUCCCCAUAGGGUUUCCAAGGAGCGCGUGGUGGACUCCAACUACCUACCUUUUUGGAUAGCAAUGGACACCUUCACUUGAUCCAGACUUACUGUGUUCUGCUGGUGUAGUGAUUUUAUGUUCACAAGGAGACUGUAUAGUACUGAUCGUGUUGUUGAGGUUCAACAGGAACACCUAUGGAGUGGCAGAGUGGAAGGAUAAGAGUGAAGAUUUUAGAGUUAAAUAAAUCUUGAUUUGAAUCCUAGGUUCCCUGUAUACCAACAGUAUAACCUUAUACAAGUUAGUUCUCUGAGUCUGACUCCUUUUUUUUUUUUAACAACAAUAGGUGCUAUAUUUGUUUUUUUAGGGCUGCUGUAACAAAUUACCACAGCUGGUUGGGUUACAACAACAGAAAUGUAUUCUCUCAGUUCUGGAGGCCAGAAGUCUGAAAUCAAGGGUGCAUGUCAUGUUCACAGCGGAAGUACUCCCUUCAGCCUGUCCCAGAGAGGAAGAUUCCAAACCGAUACUUGGGCCAGCCCAGCCCCUUCACACACCCACACCUCCUGAGGCCAGGAGAGGUGACUCCAGGACUAUCCCAGGUGGAAUAUGCACUUCGCAGACACAAGCUAAUGUCUCUGAUCCAAAAGGAAGCACAAGGGCAGAGAGGGACAGACCAGACAGUGGUUCUGCUGUCCAACCCAACAUACUACAUGAGCAACGAUAUCCCCUACACUUUCCACCAAGACAACAAUUUCCUGUACCUGUGUGGAUUCCAAGAGCCCAAUAGCAUUCUGGUCCUGCAAAGCCUCCCUGGUAAGCAGUUACCAUCUCACAAAGCCAUGCUCUUUGUGCCUCGGAGAGACGCCAGUCGAGAACUUUGGGAUGGCCCACGAUCUGGCAGCGACGGAGCAGUAGCUCUAACCGGAGUGGACGAAGCCUAUCCGCUAGAGGAAUUUCGACAUCUAGUACCGAAACUGAAAGCUGAGACAAAUACAGUUUGGUAUGACUGGAUGAGGCCCCCUCACGCACAGCUGCACUCUGAGUACAUGCAGCCUCUGACUGAAGCCAAAGCCAGGAGCAAGAACAAAGUCCAGGCUGUCCAGCAGCUGGUGCAGCGCCUCCGGUUGAUCAAAUCUCCUGCAGAAAUUGAGCAAAUGCAGAAUGCUGGGAAGCUGACCUCACAGGCUUUCAUAGAGACCAUGUAUAGCAGCAAAGCCCCUGUGGAGGAAGCCUUUCUUUACGCCAAGUUUGAAUUUGAAUGCCGGGCUCGUGGCGCAGACAUCUUAGCCUACCCACCUGUGGUUGCUGGUGGUAAUCGAUCAAACACUUUGCACUACGUGAAUAAUAAUCAACUCAUCAAGGAUGGAGAAACGGUGCUUCUGGAUGGUGGGUGUGAGUCUAACUGCUACGUGAGUGACAUCACCCGCACCUGGCCUGUCAAUGGCAGGUUCACGGCACCUCAGGCAGAACUCUAUGAAGCUGUCCUAGAGAUCCAGAGAGUUUGUCUGACCCUCUGCUCCCCUGCUUCGAGCUUGGAGAACAUCUACAGCACCAUGCUGACACUGAUAGGACAGAAACUUAAAGAGCUGGGGAUCGUGACCCAUCAGAAAAAUGAUGCAUUCAAGGCUGCUCGAAAAUACUGCCCUCACCAUGUUGGUCAUUACCUUGGGAUGGACGUCCAUGACACUCCCGACAUGCCCCGUUCCCUCCCUCUGCAGCCUGGCAUGGUGAUCACUGUCGAGCCAGGCAUUUAUAUUCCGGAGGAUGACAGAGACGCCCCCGAGAGGUUUCGUGGUCUCGGAGUACGAAUUGAGGAUGACGUCGUGGUGACUCAGGACUCGCCCCUCAUCCUUUCUGCAGAUUGCCCCAAAGAGAUGAGUGACAUCGAGCAGAUCUGCGGCAGGACCUCCUGACCCUCCUCACAGCCCCAGGCAUCUCAGGUUCCUCCAAAGGGGUGUCCGCCGGCACCUGCGCAUGUGUGCUUUCUGAGUGUGGCUGUGUGUGCACUGAUUCACAGCUUCCAUGUGGGAGCGCGGCGGCUGGAUGAGUGUAUGUGAUUGUGUGUGUGGGGUUUUUGUUGUUGUUUUAAGUAGAUGGAAAUCUGGAAAGCUGAGUUUUCAACUGUAUGUUACUACAGCUUUAGUAACGUUAAUUCUGAGAGUUAGUGACCCGGGCAAGUUUAAUUUUAAAUGUAAAGAGAGGUCUUGGUUACAUAUGUCCGUGCAUUCUAGUUAACACGUUUAGACGUACAGAAAAAUUCCUUUCUUCUCUCCAGGUCCCUCCUUUUUUUGCACUUUUGCUGAGAUCCACCUGAUAUUGUAAGAUCUUGGUGUGAUGCUUAUGUUUUGAGCUAAUUGUCAAGGUCUCUGCCUGUACUAUAAGCCACCCAUUAGUGAUUGUGGGCAGCCAGUACAAGCCUUCCAUAACUCCUCCCUACCUAGUCUGGAUCCUGCAAGUCUGCUGGAGCCGCAGCAGGCCUCAUGAGCACUGGUGUCCCACGCUCCUACCCUUCAGCCACGCCCUACAUUCCAGCAACGCUAGCUGUCGAACAAAACGGUUUUGAGCCUUUCUUGCCAUUUGGUUGCCUGGCGCCUGGAAAGUAUUUUAGGAUUCUGUUAAGGAAGGAAAUGGAAGAGAGAGAAAAGUAUGUAUUGCAUCCAGUACAGGUCCUGAUUUCCAUCUGUCUGUCCUCCCUAACUUAAAGAUGGUCCUUUGCCAGAAGUCUGCUCUUCCUUUAUAGAUUCUUAAUGUCCUGCCCCUCCUAGCACACCCUAGAUGCUGCCCCAGCCAGGGAAGAGCCUCUCCUUACCCUAGUAAAGUCAGAGUCGUGGUACCCAGUUUUCAGAGAAAUGCUCCUUAUAUCCUUCAGUGAUUCCCUCUAGAGCUGAUAAGAACAAAAUACAGAAUCCACCAAGUACCUGUAAAUGCCUUACGAUCCUCCCUUCCUCUGAUGUUGGCACUGGAAGUGCAGGGAGUCAUAUUUCUCUAAACACAACAUGGAUGCAAUUAUACAACUCAGUUUGCAAGGUGAACAGGCUAGACUCCUGCAGAUGGUUUCUUCAGGAGCUGCUGUCAGAGAAGGAGCCUUGAAGAACCAGUGUGUUCACCUCAUCAAACCUGGACAUGAGCCCAAGAGUAUAAAACCAGCUGAAUGAUAGAGCAUAGAAUUUUUUUUUUCUUUUUUUUUUUAAAUAUUUCUCUUAGGGGAGCACAUGGUAGGGAUUCACACUAUUUGCAGUCCUGGAAGUUUGCCUACCUUUGCGGGAAAACUCAAGGUAGGUACAGAGCCAAAAGCAGGCAGGUAGUGACUUCAUCAGGAGACAGAGGUAACGUUAUACACCAUAGUGAUGCUGUCCUGUCCUAGCAGUGUUCUUCCAUGAACGCCUGGCUUUCAUAACCUUAUCUCAGCGGCUGCAGGGAUGGAUGGCUGCACAGUUGGAGCAGCCAUCCCCUCCUGCCUUCCCUUCCCACUCCCCUUCAACUUCUGCGCUACCUUCUGAAGAAGAGACGUGAGAAUAAACCCACAGCACUGGCUCCUCUCACUUGUCCCCUCACUCCCUGGGCCUGUGUGGCCCCUACAACACUUUCCUUGGAGUGAGUUUCUUUUGUUUGUUUACAAUCCUGGAGUGAGGAAUUUCCUUUUCUUCCUGUAAAUCGUUUUCUGUGGUCUUUAGCUUUCUAGUUGAAAAUCUAGAUGGCUUUCAUGUAGAGUCGCAUUCUUGGACACGAAAUUGAUUUCUCCUGGUUAGGGAAGUAAGAUUCCAGUCAACUUCUGCAGAUGUUGCUAGUGAUAGUUAGAAUGACAGUUGUGGAACUCUUCCGUGAUUUUUAGUCCCUGACUCAGGUAUAUUGUCCUUUGAGUCCCAGGCUAACCAAGGCACCUAAGCAUUAGAAUCAGACUAUCAGAACCAUUAAGAGACGACGUAAUAAAUAUCUCAUAGCAACGUUUCAGGUGCUAUUUAAUACAUUCAGGAUGAGUAGAGCAGAUAAUGGAGUCCUGGUUACACCGUGGUUAGGGGCUUGGCUGCUAACCAAAAGGUCAGCAGUUCGAAUCCACCAGCCACUCCUUGAAAACCCUAUGGGGAAGUUCUGCUCUGUCCUGUAGGGGCGCUACGAGUUGGUGGUUUAGAGCAGAUAACUGCAGACAGUGCACAGAUCUUAUUCAUUCCUGGCCAUGCCACAAACACACCCCACAUUUCCACUGGGUGUAAGUAUAGUAAAUACUCCAUGUAUACACCUAGCUCUCCUAAUGAAAACCUUAAUUAAGAAAAAAAAUCCUGCAAGUGUUAACUCUGGAUUUUUUUCCCUCUGAAAUAAAGUUGUAGAGAUCUGGUUGCGUCAGGAACUAUCCCACUAAGUGGAGGAAGCAUACGUGGGUGUCCUCGGCUGCAUGUUUUUGUCUCUGUUUCCCCACAAUCAGAAAAUGAAGACGGUGUCUUUUAUUGGAAGCACAGCAGUCGAAAUGCUGGACUAAGAACUCUUCCUGUAAUCACAGUACCCAAGCUUAGAAAGUGCUUCUGUUUGUAUGUGUGUCUUCCUUCAAAACAUUACUUUCUCAAUUUUUACAAGAACAGAAAGGAAAAAACCCUCACCAGAGACAUUGUUUCUUAAUUGAGAUUCAGAUCCAUGAAACAAGUUAAAUCCCCAGAUAAAGACACAGGAAACUCAUUAUAAUAGAAAAAUUGAGCUUUGUUAACAUUUGUCCCAAUGUACAUAAGCGACACUCUCCAGCUUCUGUAAUGAUGAAAAGAUGACACAGAGGAAGCGUAAGUGCUGCCUCUCUCCUCCCGUGCCCAUGUCAGAGGUCAGGAGUGGAGCACAGUCCAGCCAUGGCCUCAGAGUCUGUCCUCACAGCAUUUCAGGUGACUGCACCCAGUGAAACAGAGCAGGACUUGCGGCUAAACCCUAGCUGCCAUCCCUCAACUAGUACAUGAUGAUGUGUCACCUAUUUGUGUAUGUGUUAGACGCUGACUGAGGGCCUGCACAUGGUGACAGCAUGCAGGAUCCUGUUGGAUGGGGCUUUUAGGGGAUGGUUAAUUUUUUUACUUUUUAGUUUCCUGAGGUGGGAUCUCAAGCCAAGAGGGCAUUUCCUGGGCAGAUGCACCUCAAGCUAAAUUGCUUACUGCUCCUAGAGCAACGCAAAGGUAGAUGUGUCAUUAAACCAAACUCAGAGCAGAAUUCCAUUGUCAGAAGCAACAAGCUGGGUUCUCCUGGUUACUCUUCCUAUCUCUGCCUGGGUGUCACCGGUGGACCUCGGGGGAGCAGCAGUAUUGUUGGAAAUCAAGGUUUUUGGGGGACAUGCUUCACAAGGGUCUUAGAAAACUACAACCUUUGUUAGCUCUUAGGAGUGGCUUUACAUGACUUUGUGCAAUUAUACAGGUUCUGUUUGGACAAAACGCUGUUACUUGUUAAGGCCCUACGCAUUGAGAGUAGAUGUGUCAUUCCCCAAUGAGGGAAAAGCAUUUGUUACUGUCAUUUUAAAAAUAAACUAAAACAAUAUAGAAGCAUACGGCAUGUGUGUGUGUUAUUUUAGAAGCUAGAGUUUACAGGUUUAAAUGUGAGAAUAUUCUGUUCUAUAAAAUAUUUUAUUUUACACAGUAUUCAUUAAUCGCUGUCACAGAAUCAUUACAGCACAUUUGAAGUGAUCUUAUCAGUCUUAGAAGGAAAAAACAAUGGAUUCUAUCUAUGUAGGCCCAGCCUUUUAAAAGAUUGACAAAACUGACCCAUAGGUCUCCAGAUAACCACUAUAGCACACAAGACUAAACUAUAGCCAAUGGGAAUUUUAUAAAGGCUAGGUUUUGUGGGGAAGUAGAAUCAACUUGCAAAAUUUUGUCAAUAGGUGAACUUUCUCCCUCAGUAAGCCAUAUAAAGGAUUGU